GACAUAGCGACCCUCUGAAACCAUUUGAUAUCCGGAAGUCAUCUCGACCAGCUCCAUGGCGUUGGCUUGCAACGCUCGACAGCUCUCGUUCCGAACGGACGCCGCCUCAACGACAGGAUCCUGGUUCAGUUGCUUCGAUCUCCAUGCAGAGGCGCCCAAGCAGGUGUCACGAAGGCCCGUGGCCAACGAGGCAGACCAGUGGGUCUCCGACUUCGUGGAAGCCGUGCCACAGUUGCGGGUCUUCCCCACGGAGGAGACGAUCGGAUCGGAGUGGUUGGGGGCGGAGACGGCACGUGUGGUGCUGGCCUUGAAGGAGCGUUUGGAGAGCAGUCCCAGAGAUUCCUGGCAAGUGCAGGCUCGAAUGCUUCGUGUCAUUCUGUCAGCCUUCCAGCAACCGUUCCUGGGAAGAAUCUCCUCCGCCGCGCUCACUGGGCGCGCUCAAGAGCUGCUGAAGCAAUUCCGGAGCUCCGAGGUACUGGAACUGCGUGAGGAAGCAGCACGUCUAUGGCAGCUGUUGGAACUCUCAUGGUCGAUGCCCAAUGAGAACCCUUGGCGCCUGGCUCUGCAAGGCGGCUUGCUAGCCUUCACGGAGAACGCGAAAGCCGCUCCUCCGGAAGCCAGACGGACAGAAGUGAAAGAUGUGAAAGCGACGAGUCUGACCAGCGGAGCCGAGCGUGGAGCGGAGGAUCUCUUGGACCUGAGAUCGGCGCCGCAGCUUCCAGCGUCGCCCAAGGAGGACCUUUCACCGCCCAAAGCACCGCCCAGAACGGCAGCGCCGAUCGGCGAGCCCUUCCUCGCGCCGGUGCCUGUGGCCCGCAGCACGUGUGCGGAAGGCGGGAAAGGGACUGAUCUCAUUUGGCAAAAGUCGCCCGAGCGAUUCCAGCUCAGCCUGGACGAGGAGGAUUGUGGCAACCAGGACUUGGAGCGCAUGUACAGUUUUGCGCGCCCGGCUCCGAAGCACAUCCCCUAUUUUCCUCCCAGCACGCAGGUGAAGAUGCUCACGGAGCAGGACCCUUUCGACUUUGUCUCUGAGCAGGUGAAGCAGAUGCGUCACUUGUGAGAGUUCUGCAGAUGCCGUCACGUUUUUUCAUAUCUUUUGCGCAGGGAAAAAAGGACGAAGUGUGUCCUUAGAGCAGAGAGGUUGGCUGCCAGAAGAGGUGACCAUGGUGUGCUCCUG